GUCUCAGUCACCGUCGUGAGGAAGUACCUCGCAGCUGUGCGAGCUUGGCACAUCACACAGGGUUGGCCCUCACCCUUGUCCCAUGAUGACCACCAACGCAUUAAUUGGUCUUUGCGCAGUCUCGAAAAUAUGUACACUGCCUGCCGCAAACCUAGGCACCCCCCUAUCACUCUCAUUAUGCUCUUGACACUCAAGGCCUGCCUGUGGCUCAAUGACCCCUUCGACGCCUGCGUCUGGGCAAUGGCCAGCUGUGCCUUCUUUGGCAUGAUGCGUUUUGGCGAAAUAUCUGUGGGGUCGCGCUCUGACUUCUCCCCCACACAUCACCUCACACGUCAUAAUGCCUUUUUUGGCACCAACUUACUCGGCCAGGCAUAUGCUCGUCUAGACUUACCCGCUGCUAAGACUGCACAGCCUGGG